AUGGCUUCUAACAAGCUUUUCAUGCUCGCCAUUGUUGUCGUAUUUCUUCCUGCGAUGGCCGUUGGAACGGAGUACAUUGUCGGGGAUGACAAAGGAUGGACGAUAAAUUUCGAUUACCAAGCUUGGGCGAAGGACAAAGUAUUUCAUCUUGGCGAUAAGUUAGUGUUUCGAUACCCUGAAGGAUAUCACAACGUGUUUAAAGUAAACGGUACGGGCUUCAAGAAUUGUGAUAUUCUGCCUGGAAAUAUAGCUCUCACUUCUGGGAACGAUACGGUUGUUCUUAAGACUCCGGGAAGGAAGUGGUACAUCUGCGGUGUUGCUAACCAUUGCUCCAGUUAUGGCCAAAAGCUUGCGAUCUUUGUCCAAUAUCCAAAUGGUUUGGCACCACCAGCCGGGGCUCCAGCUGCACCUUCGGUGCCAAUAACACCAACUGAACCUUGGGCUCCAACUCUUACACCGUGGGCACCAGUUACACUUUCGGUGCCGAGAUCGCCAAUCGAACCUUGGGCACCAGCGCCUGCACCAUGGACACCUUGGGUACCUGCAACACCAACCGAACCUUGGACUCCAGCGCCUGCACCACAGACACCUUGGGUACCUGCAACACCAACCGAUCCUUGGGCUCCAGCUCCCUCACCAUGGACACCUUGGGUACCUGUAACACCAACCGAACCUUGGGCUCCAACUCCUGCACCUUGGGCACCAGUACUUACACCUUCGGUGCCAGCAACACCAGCUGAACCUUGA